GACGCGGCAAAGCGUUUAUAAUCCGCUCAAGCGGUGAGUAAACAACCGAUAGACCAACAGCGGAUGGCUUUGCUUCUCGUCAUUUCUCGGUGAGACUCGGCGCUCGGCGGACGUGCUUCGACGACGAGGCGACUGCUUUUCUUCCCAACCCGACCCGUCAGUGACUCUGCGUGUAAAUGCUCACAGACAAGAUGAUGAUGUCCCCGUGGGACCGCUGGUACUCCACAAGCUGCUGCCUUUGCUGCCAUGUCCGCACAGGAACCAUCAUCCUGGGGGUCUGGUAUAUGCUCAUCAAUGCCGUGGUGUUACUCAUCCUGCUCACGGCCCUCAGUGAUCCAGAAAAGUACCAUCUGACCAGUGCUGAGUUGGCCAAUGACCUGGAUGUCAUGGAUGAUGCCAACAUGUGCAUUGCCUCAGCAAUCUCCCUGCUGAUGAUCCUUAUAUGUGGAAUGGCAACAUAUGGUGCAUAUAAGCUGCGUGCCGCGUGGAUCAUCCCCUUUUUCUGCUACCAAAUAUUUGACUUUGCUCUCAACGCCCUGGUGGCUGUCAGCAUUGUGGUGUAUCCAAACACAAUACAGGAUUACCUGCAGCAGCUGCCGGAUAAUUUCCCUUACAAAGAGGAAGUGGCUGCGCUCAGUAACAUCUGCCUGGUCCUCGUUGUGCUGCUCUUCAUUGGCUGUAUCAUUGGCUUUAAGGCCUACCUGAUCGCCUGUGUGUGGAACUGCUACAGAUACGUGAGCGGCAGGGGCGGUUCUGAAAUCCUGCUCUACGUCACCACCAACGACACCACAGUGCUGCUUCCUCCAUAUGAUGACAACAUCAGCGUCCCGUGCAAACAGGCUCCUCCGUCCUACAUCUCCGCUGAGGCGACGGCAUGAAAACAUUCCGAUGUUGGGAUCCUGCAGAUCGGAUCCUCCCGUUAGCACUCGAUACGACACACUCCAGCAAAACGACGCACCACACUGCCUCACUAUGUUCACAAAUAUCCACGAUAGCACACAUCGCUCAGCGAACUCCCAUUCCAUCUCGCCGUUACCAACCAAAUUGUAAUGUAUCAGUUCUCUUCCUCCUAGGUUUAUCCAGGAGCGAUUAGCAUACUGUAUGCCUUAGAUUGUGGCUGAAAUGACAUGAAAGCUGUAGGAAGUCGCAUAGAUUACAUAUAUUUUUGUGAAUUCUAUUUAUUCUUUGUGCGUUUGUAACAGUAUUAUUGGGUCUUAUUUAUCUAGUCAUAUUUAUGUUAUGCUCAAAUGCAACAGUAGCUGCGUUUCCAUUACAAAUGUGCACAAAUCUUUGUAAAAAAAAAAAAAACUAAACUAAAUUUUGCAAUUGCAAAAAAAAUUGUUUCCAUCAAAUAAGAAAUGAAGCUAAAGCCACACAUGAAUAAGUCUGUUCAUGCAGUAAGUCUUUGCAAAACAUGGCGGCGACGGAUGUAAACAGUUACAUUAGAAAUAUUCAUAAUUCAUCUGAAACGUUGCGUGUGAGAGCUCUCAUGGAGCCAGCUGCAUGUUGUCAGAAAAAAUAAAAGCACACCAUCAUCCUGCUACCACUUCCUGUCGUCUUCUUCAUCGUUUCCGCCAGUAGUAACAUCCAGCUGUUGAUCACUUAAUGUGAAAAAAGUCACGUGAAAAAGUUAACUGUUACAUCUAUACAUCUGUUUUGUAUGAAAUACAUGUAUUUCAUUUGGCUGAAGAACCACCUCAUCACACUGUAAAAACCUUUUUAUUGAAACCAGUGAGUUUUUUCGAAAUUGGCAUGUUUCUGUUUAGCGAAUUUAUUUUUUGAAUUUAAACUUGCACAUAUUCUAUAGUUAAUGGAAACGCAGCUAGUGAACGGUAUGGAUCAGCGUGGAAAUGGAUACGGAGUUAUUCGGUAUCAGUCUUGUCUGCUCGUGAUCAGGGUUGGAUUGCCUUCUCUCUCUUUCUCUCUCUCUGUUUCUCUAUAACGGGUUGCACUUUAUCGGCUCAUGUAUGAAGUGUCCCCUUAACUUGAAGUUUUCCAAAGAGAUGUAUCUGCCUGUAUUCUGACAUGAUCAAAGAGCCGCCCUAAUGUACAUCACCAAGCAUAUCACCUCUUUUUCUGUGUUCUUUUUGACUGAUUACAUGGCUGUAAUCAAGAUCGUAGCGUUGUGAACUUUUAACUGCGUUUCUACCGACCGACGAAGAACGUCUUAGCUUAGCUUCACUUACUAUUUUUAAAGCACAUUGGAGGUGCUGAUCUGGAAUCAGUUAGCUGUGUGAAUGCGGGGAAACUGGAGCGUUGGGAAAGCAGGUCCUGCUUGUGUUUUAUCAAUCAAAGAAAAGAAAAAAG